AUGAGGCUUCUUCACACCACGACGCUCGAUCUCAAUGAGUUUAUCGGCGACGUUCCUCCAUACGCCAUCCUCUCUCACACCUGGGAAAAUGACGAAGUGAGUCUCCAGGACUUGUCAACCACUGCUGGGCGGUCCAAAAAAGGGUUCAAGAUUGAGGCAUGCUGUGCACAGGCCCGUCGCGACGGUUUUGACUGGGCUUGGCUAGACACGUGCUGCAUCGACAAGACAUCGAGCGCCGAGCUCUCCGAGGCCAUCAACUCCAUGUUUCGGUGGUAUCGGCAGGCCAGAGUUUGCUACGUCUACCUGAGCGAUUUGCCAUCUCAGUACCCGGGGGAUGUCGAUCGCCGCCAAUUCAACAAUGCCAAAUGGUUUACCCGAGGAUGGACUCUUCAAGAGCUUAUAGCUCCCAGAGCAGUUGAAUUUUACGACCAGAACUGGGAAGAAAUCGGCACCAAGGCGUCUCUGCUCGACUUGCUACAUGACAAGACGGGUAUUCGGCGCGACAUAUUAGACGGGACAACCACCCAUACCGCCAUUUCUGCCGGAGAACGGAUGUCUUGGGCUUCAAAGAGGGAAACCACCAGGCAGGAGGACCUUGCUUAUUGUCUCCUAGGCAUAUUCGGCAUACAUAUGCCUCUGCUCUACGGAGAGGGCCCGCAGGCAUUCAUCCGCCUUCAACAUGAGAUACUCCGCACGUCAGAGGACCUUAGCAUCCUCCUGUGGACAGGCCUUUCGCGACGACCAGCCGCACACGGUGUUCUCGCGCCGGCACCCAGUGCCUUCCGAAACAUCAGAAUGGUCGAUCUCCAGGGCCACAGAGUUGGUUCCAUAGUGACUUGGAGGUGGAAACACGUGUUACUGUUGCAUCCUUGGUCGGAAAUCAGUCUGGGCGAUAAUACGCUUCCAAAUGUGCCCCCCACCAUCACCAGCCGCGGUCUACACGUCCAACUGCCGAGAACUCUGGUCGACAGGGGACGUAGGUGCUUAUUGUGGCCAAAGUGCAUGAUUGUGGAAAGGCUCGACGGCGCCUCAAGCGAGCGAGGGUCGCUUGAUGGAUUUCUGUGUAUUGAGGUGCAGGGUGGCACCCCUAACACUAAUUUGCCAGUGUCCAGACUAUGCGCACACUACAUCUACUAUAUCCCACGGGCCGUAAUCACCUUUGCGACCCAGCUCCCGAUGUACCUUACAAUGUCGCACCAACAAGUUGACGAGGAUUUCCGAGGCCUGGACGUGUUCACCGUCUCACUGGAAGACGACGGUCCACUACGGCUUGGGAUUUGUAGAUCAACAAUCCCUCCCGGCACUUUCCCAGGACCGGGGCCUGCAGAUGAUGGGAUCGACUUUUUCAGGCUCCCCGAGUUGCAUGCGCACCAAGUCGUUCUGCAAUGUUCGGUGACGCACUGUGAGUCACCUCAUCUUCACAGCAGCAAGGCCACCGUUGCCGUCAAGGAAGUUGCGGGGGAAGACCGCCUCGGCUGCUUCAUCAACACAAACGACGACGCUCAAGCUUCGAUUUGGGAGAUGAUCGGCUCUCAUUCUACAGGACUCGACGACGCUAUUUCUCUGAAUGGUCCUCAGACCGACGAUGAGGCUCGGAGAUGGUCGUCGGUUUCCCAGUUGGUCGGCGCGGGUCCGUGGUCGGAUCGGUGCGCAAAGAAACUCCCAGGUGACCAGUAUGUACUGAUGGCUGCGAUUAAAAUGUCAAGAGGCAUUCCGGUGCUUGUCCUUAGCAUCAAAUCGCUUUCUGGCAGAUGA